UCAUGCUCAAGAUGUUUUUUUGGAUGUUUCCAGUCAUUGAACCAUGCUGUCGCUGUGACGCCAACUUAAGAGAGAUAAAUCCCCAAAUCUCCCAUCACGUAACUUUGUGUAUUGCGUUGAUGAAGAAGAUGCUUCCAAUGUUGAUGCUUCUGAUCCUGAAGCCGGGAACUGUGAGUGCCGGUUGGUCCGUGACCUUUGAAGAAACAGAUCCUUGUGCUUUAAAGGGAUCAACGGUGCAGCUUAGGUGCUCAUUCAACUACACAGAUGAAGAAACGGUUACAAAAACUGCAUGGUACAAAGGAGAGUUAAAAGAUGGAGCCUGGAGACGUGUUGCGCUCUCAGAACUCCCUUCAUAUCAAAAUCGUUCUGAAUAUCUUGGCAACCAGCAGCAUGACUGUGGCCUGGCCAUUCAUGACCUACAGGUUAACGACAGCGGACAUUACUACUUCAGGUUUGAUACAGAGAAGUAUGGAAGGCGGAGUAAAGGAUCAGUGUGUCUCACUGUCACAGAGCCGAGGGCCAGCGUUUCCCCCGACAGGGUGAGAGCUGGAGACCACGUUACUCUAGAAUGUCAAACGUCCUGCCAACUUCCCGCCACAGUUUGGUUUAAAGAUGGACUUCCUGUAGCCAGGUCAGAGUUCCAGGCUCAAGCAGGGGAUGCUGGGAAUUACUUUUGUGCUGCCAAAGGACAGGAGUUCGUUCUAUCUGAACCUGUGGCUCUGAAAGUAGACUAUCCCCCGUUGAAUGUGUCGGUUGAGAUGAGCUAUUCGUACCACCUGACAAUGGGCCGCGGUGUGAAUGUGAGCUGCAGCUGUGCCGCUAACCCCCCCGCAGACAACUACACCUGGUACAGGUCAUCUGCUUCCGGUUUCAGCCCCGUGGGAUCAGGACAGGUGCUGUCUCUCUCCUCCCUGGAGGCGACCCACGCCGGACUCUACUUCUGCCAGGCCAGCAACCGAUUGGGUGAAAACAAGUCAACUGAGGUGCUGCUGUCGGUGGAGGGAACGGACGUGAUCCAUCUCAUCCUCUUGGUUGGUAUUGGAGUCAAAGCCUUCAUUGGCCUGUUGCUUCCACUAGUUAUUAUUUGGGCAUGGAAGCUGGGAUGCGAUCAUGAUGUGGAUAAAGAGAGAAGCACCAGUGAUUAUGAAAACAUCGGCACUGCCUGAAUGGGCCCAAACAAGAUGGUUACGCAGAAUGAAAUGUUUGAAGCUUUCCUCUCCUCCUCCGAGAUACAGUUGAUUUUCUAUCUGCUCGAGUUACCACCCGACCCCCACAACAACUCCUUCCCUUGUAAAGCUUCGGUCCUUCUCACGCCACUGGAGACAUCACCAGGAAGACAAAAACUCAUUUCAAUGAAUGGAUACAAAAGGUGACUAAAUAAAUACCUUUUCAUCAUGGUGUUGUUUUUAGAGUGGUGUUGUCUCAGGAAUCACUGUGUAGUAGAAUCGAGAUCUGCUGCCACCUUGAGUUUAACAUAUUCAUGUGCAUUAUGUUUUGGUUAAACUGCUUCUAUGCCCGAACUACGUCUCAGAAUGCAUACAGAACAAAUCUCUGGUGACAUACACUGUAGCUUAAAACAGCGUUAAAAUAAGAAAAUCUGUGGAAUUACAUCAUUUUAGACCUUCUCUUUCUUUCUCAUUCAACCAUUUAAUACAUGUAAAGAAACGG